UCCCAAAGUCCAGAUGUUUGUGUAACUCCUCAUCAAGCAGCAGUAUUUAAACAUCAAAUCCAAAUCCAGUUGUCCUUCACAUUCUGCAGUCCAGCAUCUCUUGUCCUUCUCAACUCCUCUCAUUUUUUGAGUCCUAUCAUUGCUCCAGAUAUGGCUACAGCUGGUAAGGUGAUCAAGUGCAAGGCAGCAGUAGCCUGGGAGCCCAACAAACCUCUGGUGAUUGAGGAGAUUGAAGUGGCUCCACCUAAGGCCAACGAGGUCCGCAUCAAGAUUGUGGCAACAGCAGUGUGCCGUUCAGACCUUUACUUCCUUUCGGAGUUUAUGCCUAAGGAAAACUUUCCCAUAGUGUUGGGCCAUGAGGCAGCCGGCAUCGUAGAGAGUGUCGGACCUGGAGUCACGGAAUUUCAGACAGGAGACAAGGUGAUUCCUCUGUUUCUCCCCCAAUGCAGAGAAUGUCGCUUCUGUAAGAGUCCAAAAUCCAACCACUGUGAUAAUUCAGUGCUGAUUGGUGCUAAUAAUACCAUGGCAGAGUCAGACUCCAGGUUUACCUGUAAGGACAAGAAGGUGCGGCAGUUUAUGGGAACCGGCACCUUCUCUGAGUACACUGUGAUGAACCAGAUCGCUGUGGCCAAGAUUGAUCCUGCAGCUCCUCUGGACAAAGUCUGUCUCCUUGGCUGUGGGAUCUCCACUGGAUAUGGAGCAGCAGUAAAUACUGCUCAGGUUGAACCAGGAUCCACAUGUGCUGUGUUUGGUCUGGGAGCUGUGGGUUUGGCUGCAGUCAUGGGCUGUUAUGCUGCAGGAGCAAAGAGAAUUAUAGCUGUUGACAUCAAUCCAGAGAAGUUUGAGAAGGCCAAGGUGUUUGGUGCUACUGACGUCAUCAACCCCAAAGACCACAAUAAGCCCAUCCAUGAGGUGCUGAUUGAGAUGACCAAUGGAGGAGUGGACUACUCCCUGGAAUGCAUUGGGAAUGUGGAAGUCAUGCGCAGUGCUUUGGAGUCUUGUAUCAAAGGUUGGGGUGUUUCCGUGAUUGUUGGCGUGACAGACAUGCAUGACUUUGCUGCUCGUCCCAUUCAGCUCAUUGCUGGACGGACAUGGAAGGGAUCCCUGUUUGGAGGAUUUAAGGGUAAGGAUGACAUUCCACAGAUGGUUAAAGCAUACAUGGAUAAGAAGGUGAAGCUGGAUGAGUUCAUCACUCACAACAUGACUUUGGACCAAAUCAAUGACGCCAUCGAACUGAUGAAGCAUGGCAAAUGUAUCCGGUGUGUGAUGAGUUUUUCUCCACAAUAAGACCCCUCAAAACAAUCUACCACCAAAGUGAUCUACAACGGCAGUCUGCUCCCAUACCAUCAGCGAAAUCUAAAUAUAAGUCAUUCAAAGCACAAAAUAAGACCAACUGGUUGGCAAUCAUCUUCAGGGUUUAUGUGAGCAAGAACUAAACAUGUCAAAAUAUUAACAGAGCACAAUAAAUGGCUUAAUUGGUCGUA